GCCUGUGAUGUGAUUUACUGUACGAAAAUUUGCUUUAUGCAGCAAAUGUCGUACGAUAAUUAAGAAAACAAACCGAUAUUGUGUGAAAUACUGUCCGUUUUGAAUGUAACUGUUUAAAAUGUAUAUAGUUUGAGUGAAAAAUGAACGAUAGCGCUGCAGAAUGCUCAGAAACGCUGGACCCCAGAGUACAGAUUGAGCUAGAGCGCCUAAACACAGCGACAGAUGAGAUCAACAGGCUAGAAGUAGAGCUAGAUGAAGCUCGGCUCGCGUUCCGGCGGCUACUGGCCGAGGGGCAUCUGCGGAUACAGCAGCUUACCAAGAAACUUGGAACUAGUGUGCAUAAAGCCCGGCCUUACUAUGAAGCGAGAUUCAGAGCCAAUAUUACUUCACAAGAACUCCAAGCGGCAACCAUCACCUACGACAAGGCAAACAGCGCCCACGCAGCGGCCCGAGAGAUGGUGUUCCUCGCUGAGCAGGGUCUGGCCCGACUCGCUGAGGGCGCGGAAGGUGGAGUCACCCUCGACCCAGCCUGGCAGGAGAUGCUUAACCACGCCACACACCGCGUCAACCAGGCGGAGAUGGACCGCGCGCACGCGACGGUGACGCAGCGCACAAAGGCGGCUGCGCACCGCGCCGCCGCCGCGCUAGUACACCAACUACAAGCGUCGCUCAAACGACACAUCACCAAGUCCAGGCCAUAUUUCGAAGAGAAGGCCCGCAUCAACACAGCGCUAGAAGCGCAGAAGGCGCGCAUACAGACCCUAGAGGCUCAGGUGUGCGAAGCGAAGCAGCAGUAUUCUUCAGCAUUGAGGAACCUGGAGCGGAUAUCCGAUGAGAUACACAAGCAUCGCUCGAGGCGACAGUCCACGAGGAACGCGAUAGAAAUAGACCGAGCAUCAACAAUCACAGACAUAGCCAGCGACACAACAAACGGAGUCCUAGAAGACCUGUGUUCUCAAAGCACUGAUGCAUCUGUUCGGGAGUGGCUGCGGCGAGCGGCCGCCGAGCGGCCCGGGCAGGACGACACCUGGACGGAGAUAGACCUGGAUUAUUCCAGUCCUGAGGAGGUGAGCUUCGAGAAGUGCUCGCUGAGGCCUCGAUCGUCCCCUGACCAACCGUCACCGCCGAGCCCUGGCGAGUCCAAAGUGUCUGCUGCGUCACCCCGUCGUAUAAUACGAAGUUCCGUGGACCGCACAGCUCUACUCCGAGCCGACUUGGAGAAAGCUGAGAAGGGCCGGCGGCAGUCCCUAGAUGCUAUACUGCACGACACCGGGGAGAAGGUCAAGGAGAUCAAGGAGAUGUUCCAAGGUCUAUCGCUGUUCGGCGAGCGCGGCUCCCACUCCGCCCCCCGCACGCCGCGCCGCACCUCCCCCUCGCGCGCGCGCUCCUCGCGCAGCUCAGCAGACGGGAAUUCCGAUACCGACAGUUUAGCCAGUGUGGAUAUGCUAACAGACGAGCAGAUCGCGUCCCUAAUGCUCGACAAGCAACUCCAAGAUGUCUGCGAACGGCUCGCCGGCGUCGCCACCCGGCAACCACGCUCGCCACAAUCUCCCGAGGCACGGUUUUGAACCCUACAUCUAAAGUAAUACGGUAUAAAAAACAGCAAGCAACUCCAAGAUGUUUGCGAAUGCCUCGCCGGCCGACAACCAAGCUCGCCACAAUCUCUUGACACACGGUUUUACUAGAACUAAUAAGACGGUAGGAAAUGCUUAUCGUCUGAGAUUGGCUAGAAAUACUGAACUCUACUCAUAUAGCAAUAAGGUAAAAAACGCAGUAAUUUAUAAGUGGAUGAACCGACGUAUUUGUGGCGCCUUAUAAUGGUAGGGACGUUGUUACUUGAUAUCGAAAUGUACGCUUAUAGGAAUAAGGUACAAAACUCAAUAAACAGGCGCAUAUUUAUUAUGAGAACACAGACACCGCAUUAUGAAGCGUUUACAAAGAGCACGAGGCCACCACACAUGUGUACAAUUUUACUUGUAAAAUGCUACGAAUCCAGCAGCACAAUAGAGUUGUAUUGUACACUAUUUUAUAUUAUAAUAACCCAGGAACACCCCCAAAGCUUAAUGAUUAUAAAUAUUUUUUAAAUACUCGAGUAGUGGGUCCUAAUUGGGGGCGCAACUAAAAUAAGCGGUCGCUCUGCCAUACUAAAUUAGUAAGGGAGAGCAUACUCGUAUGUGUGGUGACCUCCGUUGACAUUAUGUGCUCCGCUCCGUGAAGGGUGAGAUACGUGGUCUGUGGACUAUAAUCACGCGAGAUAUUGAGUUCUAUCUCAAUAGAAAUAUGGUAGAAAACAAACCUUACCAGUUUAUACUUGACAAGUAUAAACUUAGAUUAUCCUUUAAUUUCAUAACAUGUUAGGUAUUUGGAAUAACGUGAAGACCAUUGGAAAACGUAUCAAAUAUUUUAGAAGUAUGGUUAAUGCUCUGGUAAUAUGUUGCAAAAUAAGGAAAAAAGAAGAGGGAUAUGAUGUAUUUGGGUAAUUCCGAAACUUCAGAAUAAGAAUUGUUUCUUUUUUCGGAAUUACUAGCUAUUCUGAAAUAUUGUGACUACCAAAAUGUACCUUACUGAAUAUUUUUGUUUCAUCUCCAGUAAAGUAUGGUUUAGGUUAUUGAGAACUUCAAGUUAUAUUUAAGGGGUAAAGUACCAAUAAAAUGGUCCUUUGGUCCACUUCUUAAUAAUUAACGUACCGCGUGCAUAAUACAUAAUAACAGUUAACGUACAGCGUGCAUAAUACAUAAUAAUAGUUAUACAAAUGCUAAAAAGCUUCAAUUUUGGCACAUAAUGACGCUUAAGCAUUACUUACAAAUUUUAGGCAGAUUAUUUUGUUUUCCAAUAAUGGACAUAUCAGUAUGGGUACGGGGUACGGGUAAUGAAAUUGAUCUGAAGUAUCAAAGUAGGCAACACCUUGCACACUCCAAAUAACGUCUAAAAUGCUGGUAAUAUGUGUCCGUAUUUUUAUAUGUGUAAUAUGUGUCGUUCUCGAGUAAAAGGUACCACAUUGUCGCUUACCAUAAGGGUGAAAUUUGCUUGCAUCUAUACGAAUAACCUGUCAGAGCGUCCUUUGUUAUAAUAGUUUGAAUUUUUUAAUCACUAACUCUACUACCUAAACAUAGUCUUAAAUAUAUUUGCUACAUAUGAAGGAAUUUAAACUGUCAGAAUACAAAUAUCAAAUUAUAAAUUGAUUAUAUUGUUCCUUAACAUUAUAUGAGCGGGAAAACUAAUUGAUUCUCAUAAUUAAUACGCAAAAGCUCUCUAUUUAGUAUUUAUAAAAAAAAUACAUGUGUUUAAAAAAAUGGUGGAAAUAUUUUGCACGAAUAGCCGCUUUAGUAUGAUAAAUUAUUAAAUCAAUACUUUUAGGACUAUUUAAUGUCGAAUGGUGAUAAAAUAAAUCUAGAUCUGCUUUAGGCUAAUAGAAAUCAAUUUAAAUGCAAUAACAUAAUAUAAGUGUGUUGUAAUGUAACUAGUUAUGACGUAAUAUAAAUGGAAGCCUAACAUUCUUGCCUGUAGGUAACUUAUAAUUUAGUAGUUUUUGGUGCGGAAAUAUUUUACACAACACAAAAAAUAGGUAAAAACUAAAAACCGACACUACAUUAACAGUUAUAAGCACAUUUAGUUUGGUGAUUAUAUUACAAUAAACAAAGUUAUAAAUACACAAAAUCGAAAACCCCGCUGUAUGCUUAUAAUAUUCAAUAAUAUUAAAAAUUAUAUAAACAAUUACAUUUAUACAAAAAAAAAAUUCUAUGUUUGCGUUUUGUAAUAUUAUUUGAUGACACGCUUUGUGAUGUCAGUAUUUUCUAAGAUCCUUUUUUCCCGAUAUACUAGCCUAAUCUAUGUUUUAUUCCACCAUAAUAUUAUCUGUAGAAGAUCUCUUAGGAAAACUUGAGAGCUCAACUACGUUGAGCUCUACGACAUUGUCACAAAUAUAUAUUUGUUUCGUUCAGUGCUACUUACAUAUUAAAUAUUACAUCGUAAAAUAAAUAAAAUAUAUAUUUUUAAAUGCACAAUUGUAUAAUGCCAAUUUUGUUUUGGUUGCCAAUAUUAUUUGUUUAUAAAAGUGAAAUAUCGUGAUAUGAACUUAUAGUUACAGACCGGGAGCUAGUAUCUAGAAAGCUGCCUUUUAUUCAUGUGUGAUUCCUAUAUCACAUUUGGCUCCAAGAUUCUUCAAUGGUCUAUAAUGUUAUUGUGUGAUAAUUAUUAUUCAUAGUACAAUUUGUAAGUAUACUUUGUUGAGAUUAAAAUUAGUUAAUUAUAGUUUAAAGUAUUUGAGAUGAACGUAAUUUACAAACAUUUAAAGCUAAUUCAAUCCUAUUGCGUCGGAAAUAAGGUGUAUAUUUGUUUGUAUUGUUUAUAAAAAAAUGCUAAUCUUGUAUUUUCGACUAUAAUAAAUUAACCAUUCCAUUUUUUAAUAGGUUAAGUAGAUAUACUCCAGAAAAUGACAACUGUACGGAUAAAUAGUUUUUAUAAACCUUAUUUAUUUUAUUAUUUAACACUGAUUAUAAUAUUUAAAAAAACCGUGACAAAUAUUUGUAAAUUGCCAGUAUUUCUUAUCAUUGUUUUGCGAGAGUGAUAUGCAACUAUAUUAUAGUGUUAGGUGAAAUAAUUAGUUUUAAGCAGUUAAAAUAAAAUUGCAAUUAUAGCAUAAUAUGAAAAUGCGCCGUUGAAGGUAGAUUUCAUAACAUUUCUUAAAAAAACCGGCCAAGUGCGAGUCGGACUCGCGCACCGAGGGUUCCGUACUUUUUAGUAUUUGUUGUUAUAGCGGCAACAGAAAUACAUCAUCUGUGAAAGGUUCAACUGUCUAGCUAUCACGGUUCAUGAGAUACAGCCUGGUGACAGACAGACGGAGAGCGGAGUCUUAGUAAUAGCAAGUAAUAGGGUCCCGUUUUUUACCCUUUGGGUACGGAACCCUAAAACCGAUUGUGCUGUAAAAUUUCACUCAAAUCAAUUCAUCCAUUCGUGUGCUAUAAUGCCUUUUUCAGAAUUAGUAAAGACUUUUCUUUCUUUAAUACUGAACAAGUUAAUUAAGUAACUUGAAAAAUUAUUCAAAUAAAAUUAUGUAUGAGCCGAUUUAAAUUUUGCAGCAGAUUCUGUACAAUAUACGCGCAAUUUCGCCAUAUGUCCUAAAAAACUUACUUUAAGUUAAGCGGUUAUUAAAUCUAGACUUUCGGUUCUAACCUAGAUCAGCAGUUUUGCGUUCCACACAAAUAACAGUAUUUACCUAUAAGAAAUAUUGUUUUUUCUAUGCAUGGGUGCAUAACAUCUUCCUUACGUUGUCCUGACUUUUGCCACCGCUUAUGGGAGCCUGGGGUCCGUUGGGCAACUAAUCCCGAUAAUUAGCGUAGGCACUAGUUUUUACGAAAGCGACUGCCAUCUGACCUUCCAACCCAGAGGGGAAACUAGGCCUUAUUGGGACUAGUCCGGUUUCCUCACGAUGUUUUCAUUCGCCGAAAAGCGACUAGUAAAUAUCAAAUGAUAUUUCGUCCAUAAGUUCCGAAAAACUCAUUGGUACGAGCCGGGGUUCGAACCCGCGACAUCCGGAUUGAAAGUAGCUCUUACCGCCCGGCCACCAGCGAGCCCGUUUCAUAAGGAGUACAAUAUUAUUUUACAUAAUACCUAAUAGUAGGUACCUAAGGCAUUUACGAUCAUUUUUUUAUUUAUUAUAUAAAAUCGGCUGCCAUAUUCAAGGAUACAACCCGCACUAAGAUAGCUUUAAAAGUUACAUUAUUUUGCUGUUGUGAUAUUAAACUGUACAAACGUUAGUUACUGUAGAUGUACCUACGAUAAGAUAUAUAUGUUAACUUAUGUACAUGUUGAAAUAACUUGCCUUCAGAAGAAUAAUACAAGUAUGUAGUUAAA